UCCUAAAAUCAACUUACCAAAUUGAUCAAAUGAACUACAUUUUCAGAGACAAAAUGACUGACACACCUCCUGGUGCCACUAGCUCAUGGGUUGAUUUAUCCAGAGAAACAGGAAUACAGUUUUCCUCUCCUGUUCCCACCUCUCCUAGACGAACUACUCCUGUUCCCUUCAACAUAGACAAUGAUUAUAUUAGGAUGCUCCGGGAAGCACAGAAGGAACACUCCGCCCGAUCCUCCGCCCGGGUUUCCCCCAUCAGCUCCGCCAUGAUGUCGCUCUCCUCCACCUGUAAGAAUACCCCCUCCGCCUCCCCAAAGUCUCCGCCGAAUAGUCCAAAUACGGAGUUGGCGAAUUUUGAGGAGAACCUGCGCGGUGUGGUUGUGAAUAGAGAACCUGAGGUUCUUGAGGAAGUAUAUGGAGUAAACUGGAGAUCAAGACCUAACAUGCUCCCUCCUAGGAACUGGAGAAUAGCAAGCUCUAAGGCCUCCUCCGGGAACCAGAGUGAUAGUGAAGAGAGGAAAACGGAGAAAUCCCAGAUAUCCAGAUACUUCCCAGCUCUGAUUGCAACAAACCUUCUCUCACUUACUCUCGGAGCUUGGCUCGGAUACUGGAUCUUUAAGAGAACUUCGAUUAAGAUCCUGUCUUAAUAAAACCAUAUUUUACUACUUAA